AUGGAACAAGAAUGGGUGAUGCCAAAUGCGCAGCCCCGCCAAAAUCCCUUUGGUCCAGUAGACUCAGUCGUCGCUCGCGAUUGGUCCAAUGUCCCUGAGGAAGCCAAAGGCAUCGACGGUGAGGUCAUUGAUAGGAUCAUGACUUAUCAAGGACUCGAAGACGUAAAGAACGGUUUUCUACGUCUUAGACACAAGGUUCGGGUUGCUGGACUACAAGGAAAAGACCCAAGACAAGACAACUACAAUGCGAUCUUUCAAGGGAACCCGGGAACUGGAAAGACAUCUGUCGCGAGACUUUACGGCGAAUUGCUUGCUGCCCUUUCUAUUAUACCCUCCUCGGACUUCGUGGAAACCUCAGGAGUUGCACUUGCAGCAAAUGGCCCCUCAAAUCUCGAAGAUGACGCAAAGAAGCUCCUGACAGGCAGACAUGACUCAGGUGUUCUCCUCGUCGACGAAAGCUACCAGCUGCUGUCAAACAAUAGCGGAAAGCAGGUCUUGGACUUGAUUCUCAAAUCCAUGGCGGACAAGAUUGGUAAGCUCGUCGUCAUCUUUGCCGGAUACAGGGAAGAGAUGGAGCCGUUUUUCCAACAUAACCCUGGCCUGGAGAGUCGGAUUCCAUACAUUUUUAAUUUUCCAAAUCUGACAGCCGCCGAAUUGUGGGAACUUUACAACCAAAACCUGGAAGCCAACUACAGACAAAUGCGGUUCGAACAAAACAAUGGUGGCCUAGAGUUGCAAAUAGCUGUCAAUCGGCUGGUCAGAAAGUCAUCUGAACGAUCAUUCGGGAACGCUCGUGAGGUUCAGAACUCAAUCGCAAAGAUGCACAAUCGUCAACUUGAGCGCCUGUGGAGCGAGAGGUACAUGUACGAUCAGUUCGUCCAGACACAAAGGUAUUUCGUUCUCACCCGCGACGAUGUUCUCGGGCCACCCCCCAAUGCAGCCUUCAGAAGCAGAGCCUGGGAAGAAUUGCAAAGUCUCGUGGGACUGAAGGAAGUCAAACAGUCGGUUGAAAGUCUGAUCGGAUCUCUCCAGCACAACUACGAACGCGAACUUCAGCUGAAGCAGUUGGUCCAGGUUCCGCUUAAUCAUGUACUCGUGGGGCAACCCGGUACUGGAAAGACUACUGUUGCAAGGCUUUAUGGACAAAUUCUCAGCGAUCUAGGUUUGCUCAGCAAAAGCGAUGUUGUUCUCAAAUCCCCUGCAGACUUCAUUGGGUCUCACGUCGGCGAGUCUGAACAAAAGACAAUGGCAAUUCUCAACGCAACUGUUGGCAAGGUUCUGGUCAUUGACGAAGCAUAUAUGCUAGAUGACGGCGGUGAUAACUCAGGCAGCUUCAAGGCCAGUGUGAUUGAUACCAUCGUCGCAAACGUUCAAGGAGACUCGAAUGAAGACCGAUGUAUCCUCCUGCUAGGAUAUGAAGAGAACAUGGCCAACUUGAUGAGGAACAUGAAUCCAGGCCUGUCACGUCGUUUUCAAGCUGCACGACCCUGGAAGUUCUCCAACUUCAGUCCCUCAGAAAUGGACCAGAUUCUCUACAGGAAGCUGCAGUUGGAACAGCUGGAUAUCACGAGUCAUGCCCUUGACAUCGCCCGGGAUAUGCUCGUAAGGGCCUCAACUCGUCCUGAUUUUGCAAACGCGUCUCAAGUGGAUCAAUGUCUUGGGGUUGCAAAAAACAACUACCUUUACCGGUUAUCGAAACUAUCUGAGGAAGAACGUUUGAGCAACCCUCCUCUUAUACCUGAAGAUUUUGAUCCUGAUCUUGAGAGAAGGAAUGAGAAAUGCGAGCAGUAUUUCGAAGGGAGAUUAGGAAAAGAUAUCAUCCAGCGCCUUAUCAAGUAUGAGCUAGUUGGUGGGGAGGCCAUGGGGCCAUCUGGCACUGGUAAAACUACGGCAGCGGAAGCUUUGGGCCGUAUCUAUUACAAUGUCGGGCUUCUGUCGUCAUCUGAAGUUGUUCAAAAAACGCCCAUGGACUUUAUCGCCCAGUAUGUUGGUCAGACGGCACCGAAAACAAGAACUCAACUCGAAAAGGCCCUGGGGAAGGUUCUUGUGAUCAAUGGAGCAAGUGGUUUGAGUCAUGGUCAGUAUGGUAGGGAAGCACUGGAAGAAAUGCUGCAGUUCAUCUCUAGCAUCUCGUAUCCCAGAACCAUCGUCAUCAUUUUAUCGGACUCCUCGAAAGAGAUUGACGUUCUUUUCAAAGAGAAUCCUUCACUCCAAGUACAGUUCGAGGAAGAGAUUGUCUUCUCGAAUCUCAUGCCAGAUGACUGUAUUGGUAUGCUCAGGCGUGAGCUCGAAGCUCUCUCAUUCCAGAUACACGAGGAAUCACCUCUCAAGGGGCAGGCUAAGCUACGAGACGCGAUCUUGAGGCUUCAGCAAGCCACGGGGUUCCAGAAUGCGAAAGACGUGAAGGUCCUCGCCAAGAAAAUAGCGUCGAAGGCUUUCGAACUCAAACACAUAGCUGGGCUUGGCGCUCCGGCUCAGACCAUCUCACGAAAGUUGCCGGAAGAAGCGUUCGGUGUCACCUACCAACUUAUCGCCAAAUGUGUUCACGAGAUGACUGAACAACGUCGCGGCCUGUUUCUAACAAACCUACAGACUAAGACAAACGACCAGGUGGCUGAUGAGGUACUCAGUUCUUUGACUAGAUCAACAAAUCGACUUGUGAGGGAGGUACUUGCUACGAAAGACGGAAAUCAGGCAACCGAAGAUCAAAGCGGUCAACAGACUAGUGUCAAAACAAGGGCCAAAGGUGCAUCAACGACUGGCGAAGGCCCACAGGGUUUGGCCCAGCAAGGACAGUCACGACAACGUAGCAACAAGCGUUCAGCUGAUGAUGACCCGGACGACAUUCCAUCGGCGAAGGUUACAAAGUCCGAACAUCUCCAGCGAGAAAAAGAGUCUCACGAUGACAAGUCACAGUCAAAGGUCGAGAAAGGUAAAAUGAAGCUGUCGGUCAAGGAAAUGGAAGAGUUGCGGGAAAAAGAAGACGAAGCUUUGAAACGAAAGUGUCACAGGUUAAAACUGUGUCCGAUGAAAUAUGCAUGGACGAGAAAGGGUGAUAUGUUCCAUUGCGAGGGAGGAUCUCACAAGGUCACCGUGGAUGAGUUGGAAAAAAUGUGA